AUGGAAUUCAAAGGAGUUCAAGAAAAAAUCAGAGCAAAAAAAAAAAAAAGGCGUAAAGGUGUAGUGGGUGGAAAAGCCCCACCUACUCAUAAUGGAGGAUUUGCUUCUCAUAAGCAAAUUGAUGUUGAUAUGGAUUUUAUUGAGUCUAGACGCGCGGAUUUGGAACUAUUAGGAGAGGAAAUUGAUGAAAAUGAGUUGUUUUAUACAGUUAUUGGAGGACAUGACCGUAAAAGAAAAUUUUAUGGGCUUGACUCAUAUGGAAGAUCCAUUUUUCCUAUAGAUUCUUCUAAAACAUGCACUUCACCGCAUACAAAUUCUGAAAAACAUCAUCUCGAGACCAAGAUCCAAAAGCUAGAGGAAACUAUAGUGCAACAAAUAAUUGGCUUGGAUGAAGUGAGAAACACGAUCAAUGAUAUGAUAAACGUGAAUAACUAG